CUGCGCCUUCAGUAAUUACAGGAAAGUGUAGUGAAGUUAGUUGUCCGCUACAUGUGGGAUGUUUUAGGCGAUUUCUUACGGAACGGAAGGAAGCAUGGACCUAAAGUAAGCGAUGCAUGUCAGCGAAGCCUGAGAUAAGUCAUAUCUGGUGUGAAGAAACAGCUGCUCUUGGUAAUGUCUGAAGCUUGAGUGACAUGCCAGAGAAGUCUCAUCACUGUCAUCAUCAGGUCUCAAUGGGUGAAGAAUCUCCUCGCUUGUCCACGGACUCUUCCUUGAGUGGCCAUGACCCUAUCCUGGCUGACUACUACUCGCUGUCCAUCGAACACUCUGAUAAUGAGCGGCCAGUGAGCACCGUGUCCAUCUCCUCAGGCUCCUCUGGAGAGGGCCAGAGCAGCCUGUUCAGUGCAUCCCACUGUCCCCAGUCUUCGCCCUCCCUACCGACUGAAACUGACAUCAACCUGGAGCUUAGCCCUCCUGAGGAACCUAAUGAACAUCUAGCCCCACUGAGGUCUGCAAGCAAGAGACCAAGGCCAGACCCUGUUGCGGGCCAGUUUAACAACAACGCAAGCACUGCUGGAGCCAUUACACUGCCACCAAGCCUGGACGGACCUUCGCCUGUCGCCACUGUAGUGAUGGCACCUAAUUCUCAACUAACUUAUGUGGACCGAGUGGUCAUGGAGAUUAUUGAAACAGAAAGGAUGUAUGUAAGGGACUUGCGCAGUAUUGUAGAGGACUAUCUGGCUCACAUUAUAGACACCAGAGAUUUACCCAUUAAGCCUGAGCAAGUUUGUUCCCUGUUUGGCAACAUCGAAAUCAUCUAUGAAUUCAACAGCGAGUUAUUGCAGGCUCUAGAAAUGUGUGACAGUGACCCGGUGGCCAUUGCUUGUUGCUUUGUGGAUAAGAGUGAAUAUUUUGACAUCUACACUCAGUACUGCACAAACUAUCCAAACUCCGUGGCUACACUUACAGAGUGCAUGAGGAACAAGAUGCUGGCCAAGUUCUUCUGGGAUCGUCAGGCGACUCUCCAGCAUUCCCUCCCUUUAGGUGCCUACCUGCUGAAGCCUGUGCAGAGGAUUUUGAAAUAUCACCUCCUAUUACAGGAAAUUGCUAAACAUUUUGACCCUGAGGAAGAGGGGUUUGAUGUGGUCGAAGAGGCCAUAGUCACCAUGACAGGAGUGGCCUGGUACAUCAAUGACAUGAAGAGGAAGCACGAGCAUGCUGUGAGACUGCAGGAGAUUCAAUCCCUCCUCAUCAACUGGAAAGGGCCUGACCUCACUACAUACGGUGAGCUCGUCCUCGAGGGAACCUUCCACGUCCACCGUGCAAAGAAUGAAAGGACGCUGUUCCUCUUUGACAAAAUGCUCCUCAUCACCAAGAAGAGAGGAGAGCAUUAUGUCUACAAGACCCAUAUAAUGUGUUCCACUUUAAUGCUGAUUGAAAGUGCCAAAGAUUCUCUUCGCUUCAGUGUGACUCACUACAAGCAUCCUAAACAACCUCACACAGUACAGGCCAAAACUGAAGAGGAGAAAAAACUGUGGGCCCAUCACAUAAAGAGACUGAUUCUGGAAAACCAUCAUGCCAUCAUACCGCAGAAAGCCAAAGACGCCAUUCUGGACAUGAGAUCUGCCGGCCCAGUGAAAUAUCGCUAUAGUCCCGAAAAACAAAACAAGAGUGAGGACCUUCUAAUAGGAGGACGUAAAGAACGAAGGCGAUCAGAGCCGUUUAACAGAGUUAAACAGAACAUGAGAACUACAAAAGAAACUCUUAAGCAUGCUGACAGCAUGGAUGCUCUGCUGUCGGACAGCAGCCAGAAUUCCCUGCAGGCUACAGCUAGCACCUCCACCUUGAGGUCCAGUGUGGAGGAAGUGGAGACCGAGAGACCCAUCACUGAGGAGCACGCGAGCGGAUGGCUUUCCCUGGAUUGGCUGAGCGUGAACGGUGAAAUGGCAUUCCGUAGACAAAAAGAGGAGGAGAAGGAGGGAGCGCUGGAGAAAGUGCGGAUGCAGAGUGGAGAAGAUGAAGAGAUUCUGGUGAAAGACGAGCAGGUAGCUGACUUUGCCACCUCAGUGUUGGCCGCCAUCUCCUGCUGGCGCUAUAAGGCCAGGGCUUUGCUUUUCACACGGGUCCUAACGAAUAGAGAUGGGGAACAGGCUAUGGAGGAGAAUGAAUUAGUGGAACCUAUGAGAGACCGACAUCCCUCUGAAGAAGACCAGGGUGAGGAUUCCACUGUAUGUGAACAGGACUCUUCUGAGGAUCAUUGUUCACAGGCCAUUUCUCUGCCUGGAGAAGAAGCAAGACAACAGCAGUCACACAUUAUCCCUCAGGAUGAAGGCAGAGAUGUUCAAGGGAUUGUGGUGGGUAGUGUGGAGUCACUGUCCCCAGUCCAUGAUGAGAUCCAACUAGAGGAUGAGAGCACUCAAUCCAGAACAAAUUUUUCAGAGGAUGUUGAGGACCUGGGGGAGGAGGGAGAGGAAGAAGAUGAAGAAGAAGAAGAAGAAGAAGAAGAAGAGGAAGAAAUGUCAUCAGGAACUGAACCUAGGAGCAUCUUGCCAACAUCUGUACUAGACAAAGCCAGUGUUAUUGCUGAACACUUUACUGGCAGCCUCUCUCGGCAAAGCAGUGUAGCAGCUGACGACAUGUUCUCUCUAGGUUGCCCUUCAUCUCAGACAGGUAGUAGGAGAAGUAGUGUGUUCAGCCUUAAUGCUGACCUGCUAGACAAAGAGAAUGUUCAAGAGCUGAACUAUUCCUCCCCUGAGCCAGUUACUUUAAAACAUGUACCUGAAUCUUUAGCCUCAGCAACUCUUGGAGACAGGCUGGUUACACCAGACCAAAGACCAGAAACAAAACCAGAUACUCUCUCCAAAAAGGACAGAAUGCUUAUCCAUAAGAUCAAGCAAUACUACGAGCAUGCCGAGCAACAGGAUGCCAAUUUCAGCAUCAAACGCAGGGAAAGCCUCUCUUACAUUCCUCCAGGGCUAGUCCGCAAUCUCAGCCGACAACUUGACAGCCUUCCUACUGAAGAAGCUGCGGCAAGUCACAAGAAGGCCUUAAAAAGUACAAGGCCAACUUCUUGGGCAGUUUUUGAUCUUCCAGGGUUGGAGAAAGAGAAUUCCAAGGAGGUCAUGGACACAGAGCUUCUGACUAUUAGAGACAGAAAUGAAGCUAUGGACAGGUCUCAGGUAGUUCCCCAGGCACUUGAUAAGGAUGAGGAUUUCCACUCCUCCUCUGAGAUGAUGAGGGUUUGGCAAGACAUGGAGGUUGAAAUCAGUGGCGCUUCUAAGGAUCCUCAAGAUGUUUCUAAAGAUAAAAUGAAUGGCACAGUCGCCAGUCCUACCCAGGAUCAAAAGGGACAGGAGAGUUCUUAUAGUGACCUUGGUGAACCCCUGCUAAUAUUGGAAGAAUCUGACAACAGCAUGGUUGGACAAGGGACAUCAACACCUUCACCACUUAACAACAUCCAAGGCAAAGAGUAUGAACUGGAGAGCAGCAAAUACACUGAUCAGAAGCUCCAAGAGACACAGAAGAUCAGACCUGCUCCUCUACCCAAGAUUGUCAUCCUGAGGUCAAGCUCAGAAGAUGAAUUAAUGCUAAAAGAUAUUGAGAAGAUGAAGAACAAAGUGUUAACGCUAGCUAGGCAAUACAGCCAGCGUAUUAAGGACAACAAGCCUGUAGUGAGACAGAGAGUGGUGGCUAAGGUGGCAGAGAGCGAUUUUAGUCACAAAAAGCUGUCAUCUGUUGUGGAAGACAAAUCUCCAGAGAAUGAGAUGGGUAUGCAGAGCCAGGCACUAUCACUUGGUUCAAGUGAGCACACAGACUCCAGUUCAUCACUGAGCCCCAGCUCCCUGGGCAGUCCUCAACUGCAGUCCACUAGCAAACCAUCUGCUCUGGAUGCACAAAGUCCAGUCUACACUGAGAGCUUUAAUUGGCCAGAUGUAAGAGAGCUGCGUUCCAAAUACUCCCGCCCAAAUCCUCAGUCAGUCUCAAUUAAUCGCAGUUGCUCUGUCCCAGACAGAAUACUUGAGGUUGGACAUAAUAAUCCAACAGCUUGUCGAAGCUGCUCCUGCUCCAGCCCAGUUUGUGACCGUAUGGACCCCCACACACCACCAACUAAAGACACUACCACUACCCAGUCCACGGAUAAGGGACCUGCAGGACAGGGUGUGGUUAAACUGUGCAGAAGCAGUUCUUUGGAACAUAUGGUGGGACCGCUUCAUUUAAAACAGCAAACGGACCUUACAGAGAUCCCAAGGAGCUAUUACUUAUCUGGCCAGGCCACCUUGCCCAAUGAAAACAAGGUCAUUAUAGUGGAAAGGAUUAUUAAGACAGAAAAUAAUGGUCCAGCAGCAGAAGAGAAGAAAGAGGAGCUUCAUGAAAACCAACUAAUGUGUCUGGACAGUGAUGAAACGUGUAUACUGAGGUCAUUUGAAAAAACAGAGAACAGCCGACACAGUUUAGUGAAAAACCUGCGCGAGAAAUUCCAAAACCUUAGUUCAUACACGUAAAUGUUCUUGUAAGCUGCGUUCAGACUUUCUACUAUUAUACAUUACUGCACACAGAGGCCCAGUGCUUUUCUACAAAGAUAUCUAAGCAUAAAGUCUUAUGGGGUUGUGCCAAUAUGCCACCCCUUUUGUGGUCCUUAUGAAGAUUGUAUGUUAAGAAUGGAGUGCUCAGGCCUUUAACUGAGUACAUUUAUGAUUACGCUGUAUUAAUUGAAUUAAAUGGUAAAAGGACAUGUAUAAACUCAGACCUCACCUUGAAAUAUUUAUGAAAUUGACAUUUUUGAUGUGUAUAUUAGCAUUUUUGCAAGUUUAUAGAUGUACAAAAGCUUUUGGUUACUGCCUAUAUAACGUGACACUGAUAAGCUUACUCAGGAUAAAUUUACCUCUGACCUGUAUCAUCAUCACUAUCAUUUUAUUUUUUUAAUGUACUAUGUAUCUGUUCUCUGAAUUGUCCAGUAGCUAUAUCUCCACAGCAAUCAAGUAUAUAAUUGGGACUAUGGCCAAUUAUAUGGCUUAUGGGUAUGGAUGAUAGCUUGUAAUAGUGGACAAAUGCUGUAGAAUUUAGCUUGCUAUGUGUAUUUUCAUAAAGCUGUCACUUCCCAGUAAAAAAAAGUCAGCAAAGGGAUGGUUCCAAUUAAACAUUAGUGGACAGAAUGCACUUUGAUCCCAGACACACAUUUGUUUGUUUCUAUCUAAAACAUUCCUGUGAUAAAAUCUUCUGUAAUUUUGUGUAUAAUCUUUAUAAUUUAUUUCAAAUUUGCAUUCGGUGUGAAUGGGCAAUUUUUAUUUUGUAUUAAUUUUACAGUUGCUCAUUACAGGGGCAUUAAAUUACAUUACAUUCAGUGGUGCUUUAGAAAAUGCAACGUACAGUGAUCAUUCUUAUCUUGCACAUAGAUACAAUAUUACAUGAAUUUUUAUAAUGUGUUAAAUAAAUAGACAUGUAUGUAAGAAAAGAAUACAGUAAUACAGAAGAUGCUUGAGUAUUGCUCAUUUUGCUGGUACUGGGUAAACUCUCUGUUACACAGAUACACAAGUCUGGCUGAUUCUAAGGUAAGUCUCUGAAUAAGAGCAUCUCCCAUUUCCCAGUAAAUAAUGGGGGGGAGGCAAUAGAAUGAAUGUUCAUUAAUAAGUCAGAUGAACAGAAAAAGAUCAUGUAUAAAGAAGAGUACUCGGUUACAGAUGAGGAUGGUAGCACUGUGGGAAAACAUGGUUUGAGGAAUUUCAGAGGCUCUGUGGAAAUUAAAAAUGUUGGUGCCAUCAGAGCGAAAGACAUCACCCAUGAAGGAACCCCAGGUUAGUUUUGUACUACAUGUACUAUAUAGCUAAAAGUAUGUACACACCUUGAACAAUCACACACAUGUACUUGUUGAACAUCCCAUUCAAGAUUUAGUCUGUCCUUAGUUCUAUUUACCUCCACUUUUCUGGGAAGACGUUCCCAUUAUAUUUUGGAAUGUGGAUGCGGGGAUUUUUGCUCAUUCAGCCACAAGAGCAUUAGUGAGGUCAGGCACUGAUGUUGGGUAAGGAGUCCUGUGCCGGUGUGCAGGCCACUCAAGUUCUUCCACACCAACCUUGGGAAACCAUGUCUUAAUUGCUUUGUGCAUGUUGGAACAGGUUUGGACCUCUUAAUUCCAGUGAAGGGAAAUUGUAAUGGUACAACAUACAUUCUAGAAAACCGUGCUUGUAACCCUGUGAGAACAGUUUGAGGAAGACCCCUUGUGACGGUUAGGUGUCCACAUACUUUUGGCCAUAUAGUGUGUUACGAAAUGGCUAACCAGUGUAAGCUAAAGAGAAUGGAUCAAAGAGCUGUAUUGCUAUGUGACUUUUUAUUCAGUCCUGGAUUAUUGCAAUGCUCUUUGUUUUGGUAGGUAAACCAACAAAAAAAAGUGUUUGUUUUUUUUUGUUGAUUUUGUUGUUUUGUUUUUACUUUUUUUUUUUUGCAUAUUUUGUUCAUAUGUAAAAGUGGUACAUAUUUUAAAAUAUAUUAGACAUUAUUAAAACCAGAAUAUUUACAGACCAAUCAAAUUCAAGGCCAUCCUACACCAAUUAAAGGACUUGGCUGUAAUGUGCCAGUGAAGCGGUCUCAUUA